CUGGGCAUUAGUCGUGGGAGAAUUUAGGUAAGAGACAAAUUAAAACUCGAAUCAAACUGCUGUGGCCGCGCGUUUCGCUUCUGGACGGGAUGAUGUUCUGUUCCGCACGGCGCUGCACUUUUUACUCUAUUUGCCCGACGCGUAUUUCGACUUUAACUUGGCUAUAAAAGUGUAAAAAAAAAAAAAAAAAAAAACGCCCAGCAGCGCGCGAGGCAGGAAGAGCUUUCAGUAUCUCUGUGUGGUUCUCUGUCAUGGAUCGAUCGAGCCCUGAGUUUGACACGUAUGGGGCGAUGGAGUGGAGCGACGGAGUGGGAACCCUACCUGGCAGCCAGCUCAAGUUUCGUGUAAAUGAAUUCGGGGUGCUGGAGGUCAUAACAGAUGUGGGAGAUGAGGAAGGGGUCAAAAAGGCUCAUGCUACCACCACAUGGAGUGUCCCUACAGCACAAGAGGCUCUGUCAAUUGAAGUGCACUAUGGUCAUGAACAUGUCUGCAGUAACAGGAAAGAAACUGCUCCCCACUUCCUGCCUGAGGGGCGUCACUGCACCAACGGCAGCUUACACCUAGAGCAGCAGGCAGAGAUCAAGUCUGUGAAAGAAGAUUCCAGAAUGAACAUUGAGGUUCCUCGGGUCAGAAGGAAGAGACCACACUCAGUCAAGAGGGUGGAGGAAGAGGUGGACGAAGUGACGGAGGUGGUGGAGGAGGAGGAAGUAGAUCACGAAGAGAAAGAGGGCCGGCGGCCGGCUCGGGGAGGUCCACGUGGUCGCAGGAAGCGCAGAGGAGACACAGCUCUGCUCAGACAGCUGGUUUCAUACGGAGGGAGGAGGAAAUCAUGGUGCUGGGCUUCAUAUCUGGAGCAGGAGAAAGCCAUUGCUGCUCCCAGCAAACUCUUUAAAGAGCACCAGUGCUUUCCACAGAAUAAAAACGGAUUCAGAGUGGGUAUGAGACUGGAGGGCAUCAACCCCUUGCAGCCCGCCAUGUACUGCGUCCUGUCCGUCGCCGAGGUAUCCGGCUACAGAUUGCGUCUGCACUUCGAUAAUUACUCCGACUGUUACGAUUUCUGGGUGAACUGCAGCUCUCCUGAUAUCCACGCCGUGGGCUGGUGCGAGAAAACAGGGCACAAGCUGCAUCCGCCUAAAGGGAUGAAGAGUGAUGCCUUCAGCUGGAGUUCGUAUCUAAAGACCAACAAACUGCAGGCAGCUCCCAAGUCUCUGUUCCACAACCACAACACUACAGUCACGCCUUUAGGCUUCAGGAUGGGGAUGAAGCUGGAGGCAGUGGAUAAGAAGAACCCGUUGCUCGUCUGCGUCUCCACCGUAAGGGACAUGGUGGACUGCCGUCUCCUGGUGCACUUUGAUGGCUGGGACGAGAGCUACGACUACUGGUGUGAUGUGACAAGUCCGUAUAUCCAUCCAGUUGGCUGGUGUCAGGAGAACGGCAGAACCCUGACCACACCUCCAGGUUACCCUGAUGCGGAGAACUUCUCCUGGGAGAGGUACCUGGAGGAGACGAGCUCAUUACCUGCUCCUGCCAGGGCCUUCAAAGCGAAGCCUCAGCACAGUCUCCAGGUGAACAUGAAACUGGAGGCGGUGGACGUGAGGAACCCUGUGAUGGUCAGAGUGGCUACAGUGGUGGAUCGAGACGAGCACAGAGUGAAGAUCCAUUUCGACGGCUGGGCGGACGAGUACGAUUUCUGGCUGGACGCAGACAGCCCGGAUAUCCAUCCCGCAGGGUGGUGCACCAAAACUGGACACACCCUACAGCCACCAGUCAGUCUGGACGAUACAAGUGAAUCAGAGCAAAGUGGAUGUCCUACACCUGGGUGCCGAGGAGUCGGACACGUCAAAGGAGCUCGCUACUCUGGACAUCACAGUGCCAUGGGUUGUCCAUACUCUGAGAUCAACAUGAAGAGGGACUCAGUGUUGCCGGACCGGCUAAGUGGGGAGAUGCCGGGUUUUGGAGUGGGUUGUCUACAUCGGGCAGAACCGAGCCCUGAUGCACAAGCACAAAUUCACAAUAAACCUGUCUGUCACCCGGACAAGGCCAACACGGCAACCAUUGCCAUGGAAACGCCGCCUCUGAGGCCGGUCGGCACGGAGUCGAAGCGAAGGGUCGGGAGGCCGUGUAAGGUGAAAAAAGUAGAGGAGAAGCCACAGGAAGAGGAAGCGGAGAGCGAGGAGUCGUCUGUUGCGGAGACAAAAGAGCUGACUCUGCAGCAGGCCCUUCAUCAGUCUGUAUUUAUGCCAUGCUCCAUCCCUUCUCCCAGCAUGCCUCCGUGCUGGGACCAACACAGUAAACUCCUACCAUCAGUGGCGGGCAUCACGGCCAGCAAAGUAGCCACCUGGAGCGUAGAGCAGGUGACUGAGUUUAUUCAGGGACUCCCGGGAUGUAAGGAGCAAGUACACACAUUCAGGGAGGAGCAAAUUGACGGCGAGGCAUUCCUGCUGCUCACCCAGACCGACCUGGUGAAGAUUCUAAGCAUAAAACUUGGCCCGGCUCUCAAGAUCUUCAACUCCAUCCUGAUGUUCAAGACUGCCGAAAAGACUGCCUGCAACGAACUCUGACCUCUGCUGACCUCAAUGGUUUGUUUGUGACUUUUGAACAGUGACAUGGCAAGGAUCUGUGUCAGAAAGUGGAAUGGCAAACUGUGAUUAUGAGUUGAGAAUAUGAUAUAUACUGUAUAUAUAUAUAUAGUGAGCAUAAUUUCAAAACUCGAACAAAUCUAAUGGUGAACAUAAUGAAGAUGAUGAUGAUGAUGAUUGUUAUGAUGAAGCACUACAAAGCACACCAGCCUAUUUUUCCUAAUGUGGGUUUUAUGUAAUGAAAGCCAGAUGCACUGAAAACUGCACAAAAUCAUUGCUUUUUUUGUGUGUGUGUGUUUGUGUGUGUGUGUAGUAUACAGAAGUAGCUCUCGCAAACUAUGGAGAUCAUUUCCAGAUUUCUUUCAGUCGCUUUGCUGAAGCUGCACUUUUUCUGUUUUUUUUUUCUGCACAUCAUGUUUUUAGUACUGUUUUUAAUUACAAAAUUAUCGGGACAUUUUCAGGAAUGUUGUAAUGUUUCUAAGCAUAAUGUUCAUGCCGGGGUCAAAAAAAAAAAAAAGUGAAAUUGCGGUGAACUUUGAUGUUGAUGUUAACAUUCAACAAUGGAAAGCAUUUCUUCGAUGAAGAAAAGCAUUGGGUUAAAAAGAAACCUUCUGUAAAAAAAAACAGCAAGAAGACUGAAUGCACUCUGAAGUUUAUAGAAUUUUGGGAAAUGUAUAAGAGAAAUAAUGUAGAUGUAGGGAAUGGAUACUACCUCAAAUGUAGUGUCCUUCUUUAGUUUUGCACUCAAGUGUUGAGCUUAGUCUCAUUCUGCUUAACAAUAGCAUAGAGUUUAGUCCAGUGUAGUACUGUACAUCUGGCUCAUUAGUAUGAUUUGUAGGGUUUCUUAAAGUAACUAAAUCAAUUAUUUUAAAAAUGUGAUUUUUUUUUUCUUUCAUUUGAAACACUUUUAAUAAACACAUCAGCUUUCAAACUCUCCAGACAUCCAAGCAAACUGCGAAGUAAACAAAGUGACGCAGAUUGAUGUGAAGAAGCUGAGUUACUCAUCCUAUAUUAACGUCCUGUAACAGCACCCUUUAUUUCCCUUAUUCCAGAUCAAAGAUCAUACUAAGUGAUCGUACAAAGUUUUUAUCCAUUCAUGGUUGUGUAACGUCACUUAACAGCCCCGAACGCCUCCUUCUCCCUCACAGCUUCUUUUUUUUUUUUCCUACUGUCUCGAUAAAAAUAAAUAAAACCCUUCUGUCCUGAAGAUAUGUCGGCAAACUUCCAGCAUGGUAGCAGGGACAAUAAUUACGGUGAUGAACAGAGAGAGGAAGAGCAAGAGGACAGAGAUGGAUUUUUUUUUUCCCCGCACUUUAUCUCCUCUCAUCUGUCCCUGCAACCCAAACACACUUCAAAUGAGUCAUGCAUUUAGUGUCGCUUUCUAUCUGAAAAACUCAUUUGAUGUAUGUGUGUGUAUGUGUGUGUGAAGUGUGUGGGUGUGUGGGCAGUGCAAUUCCAAUAUUGUCCUCUCCCGGGUAAAUCUAAUCUUUAAACCUGUUCGUAAAGGAAGCACCAGAUUCCAUCGUCUAGCCGAAUAUCACCUGUUAUUAUAAUCAAUAUUACCAUAAAUAAUGCGGCUGGUAGAAAUAAGGCUUGAACGGAGAGACUCGAUUGGAAUGGCAGAAGCUUCGUUCUUUUCUCUUUUUUUUUUGGCAGCCCUGCUCAUGUAUGGAGUGUGUAUAGUGGCCGUCUCUGUUCUCCAACCCAGACUGGCCAGAAACAUUAUUAAAGAUAAGUUGUUUUUGAUUCGCCUCCGAGACGUGUGCUAUUUUUAAAUCCCGCUUUUCUUUUUCUUUCCCUUUUUUCAGAGCAGUGUAGGCUGGGUGCUGUGAUUCUUCUUUCUGUUCUCUAUCAUUGUUUACUUACUGUAUUUAUUUGGUGUGAGGUUUGGUUUUCUCCAAGUGUUGCACAAAUACUGCAUGGAAUGUUCAGGGUCUGGGCGUUCAGGUAAAAGAAAUCUCUCUCCAUCUCCAGUUUAUUAUUCAGUUUUUCAUUUUGAAGCAGGUUAUUCAGUCAGUGCUCUGAAUCAUUCAGUGACUUACACUGAAGCGUGUGUAGUUACAGGAGACAGGGCCCAUCUCCUGGGAUCUGCAGGGCUCCUCCAGCAAGGCUCUACUCCGUGAAGGUCGCGCACGCACGCGUGUGUGUGUGUAGUGUGUGUAAAUGAGAUCAUCGCGGCGGAUGACUGGGGCAGAAGCCUCUCUUCACUGUCUGUCACCUUCAGCUAAAGGUGAACACGUGCGCUGACUUAAAGGUCAAGGAUAACGCACUCGGUGAAUCCGUUUGCUGCAGAUGAAAUAGAUUGAUAUAAACAGAAACUGUAAUAAAGAAUCUUUAGAGAACUUAUUGGACACCACAGCCAAAGGUAGACUGUUGAUUCAAUGUGAUUUUAUUUUUGCCGAUUUGAUCAGUUAGCACGUGUGUUUAUCGUGUACUAAAAGUGCUCGUAGUUUCAAACUAGUGAAAUGAUCUAAUAAACACUGAAAUGCUGUCUGACGUGUGGUGUUGAUUGUUAAAAUGUCAUCUAGUACAAAACAAUAAUCUGUUUUUUUUCCAGCCAGUAUUCUGCUCCACACUCCAGUCCAGUAGGAGGCAGUAUUGCACCAACCACUCAUAAACUCAAAAGAAGAAGAAAAAGUAAUAGUCCCCUAAAACGAGCGUAUUUUGCGAGUACUUUGUGGAACAUGUAAGCGUUUUUUAUUCUUUUGCGUUUGAAAAGUCUUUCCUUUGAUUUAUCCACCUCAUCGUCAUCGUCGUACUGCCUUCUGUAAAUAUCAAUCGCUUUUACGCCUUUGAAGUCAGUGCUUUUGGACACCUUAGCGUUAAUUGUCCUUAAUGGUCCAAUGAUGGCAAAGAGUUUUUCUGUGUGUUUUAACAACCUUCUUUCUCAGCCGGAUCAUGCCAUCCUUGCUUCCUGUUUCAAAGCGAGAGCCCUCCAGUAAUGUGUGCAGAAUAAUUAAAGACUUUCUCAAGUGAAUUUAAUGUAGGAGUUUAAUGACUGUACUCCCUGUGGUACUGUAAAACACAAUACACUGCUCGGAUUAAAUCCUCUCCUCUCCACAUGACUGAACUGUCCUGCCAUGGGUUGAAGCCUUCGUUUUGCGAACCAUGACGGUUCAAGUAGCUUUAUAGUGAACAGCACUGCUCUAAAUCCUCUUGGUUUCCCAAAAAGAAUCUAAUGGUGCAGCUAAAUCCUGCCGGUGCCAGCGUUUGCUAAACCCCUUUGGAGUUAUUACCCAGCAUGUCUGAUCAUGACUCAUGACUCGCUUCAGAGGAAGCAUGACGGCAAAAGCAAAAAAAAAAAAAAAAAAACUCGCCCGUGAAAUUACUGUUGAAAAUUACUGUUUUUUUUUUUCUGAAAGAUUUUUUAAGAAAAUCUUUUAAACUGUGUACACUUGUGUAGAAAGCCCUGAGUGUAGAGCCCUUACAGAUACACGUGUCCAGGAUGAACACAGUGAAAUUAUCCCACCUAACUCCAAAAUGCCGCACCCAGAGGCACUAAUUAAUUACCCUCCGAAGGCUCUGACCUUAUCCAGCAGUUCCCAAACUUCAAUGCUAAAAAAUGGAAAUUUUAAUCACAACGCUGAUCAAUGUGUAAGACUGAGAUAAACUAAUUUGUUUACAAUUAUUGGAAUCCCAUGGCUUUGUUUAUUAGUUAUCGUUUGUUUCUUAUUAGUUCUGAUUGAAAAAUUGUUAAAAUGUGAUCAUACAAAACAUUAUUUAAUUUAAUUCCAAAAUAGAAAACUGAAAAUGUGGUACUUAUCUACUUGUUGUAAAUGAUUAAAAAGAGUAAUUGUAUCACUGCCGUACCUUCACCGACAAUUAUUUAGAGAAACGUUUUUGUCAAUAUCUGUUGAUUUUUGUCAUAUUAAAAGUCAAAUUUUGAGCAGUUUUUCGGGAGUAUUUAACAAGAUUUAAAGAACAGCACU